GAUGACAACAGCGCAGCAGUGAUCGGGACCUUCGGUCGGCAAACCUCCUGAUAUUUAUUGGAUCAAAUCGAUGUCACCGCGGCCUAUAAAUACAGUGACAGGGUCAGAGAGAAUCACAGACGUCACAGACCACCAGGACCACUGAGGUUACCUCCUGUCUGAUCAUCAUGAGGGUGUUUGCAGUUGUUCUCGUUCUGGCCGUUUGGUCAGGCUGCCAGGCUCGCCGCCUGUUCCCCUGGGAGGUCAGCGUGGACCAGUUCAAGGAUUACUUCACGGACGUGAGCACCAAGGCCGACGAGCUGGUCAUGAACAUCAAGAGCUCCGAGAUCAGCCAAGAACUGGACACACUGAUCCAGGACAGCAUGUCCGAGCUGAACUCAUACAAAGAGGACCUGCAGAACAAGCUGGCGCCCUACACCCGGGAAGCUGCGGACAACCUGGGCGACGACCUGGAGAAAAUGGCCGGAAAACUCCGUGAGCACAUGGUGGAGGCCAAGGAUCAGAUGGAGAAGUACGUGCAGGAGCUUCAGACCAUGAUGGAGCAGAACGUCGACGACGUCAGGAUCAGAGUCAGCGCCUACACCCGCAAGAUGAAGAAACGCCUCAGCAAGGACACGCAGGAGAUCAAGAGACAUGUGGCUGCGUACCUGGAGGAGCUUCAGUCCAAAGCCUCUGACAGCAUGGAGGAGAUGAAGGUGCGCUUCGAGCCUUACUUUGUUCAGGUGCGAGAAAACACCCAGGCCAAGAUCAACACCCUGAAUGACCUGCUGAAGUCCCAGGUGGACAACAUCAAGGACAAGAUGCAGACCGUCGCAGACGACAUCAAGGACCACUUUGAGAAGAGCAACGUAGACCUGAAGACCUCCAUGGAGGACAGACUGGGGGCGCUGCGCAGCUUCUUCCAGCCGUUUCUCGACCUGUUUGCUUAAAAAGUGAAAUGCGUUGAACCUUGACAUUUGCUCCACCUGUGUCUGUUUGUCUGGUAACAACAAAACCACAUUCAUCAAUCAUCAAUAAAGAUAUUUAAGGAUGAAAUGUGUCUCACCAUCUGUUACACUCUUGUCCAAAUGUAGAAUUUUUACAUUUCCAAACGUAUUCCAUCACUAGAAUUCCAAAGCUGCUCUAAUAAAAGAUUCAAAACAAA